GUACUGACCCCGCAGCAGCUAGACUCUCUCGCGAGGGCAGCCCUGGAUCAGAGGUUGGUUCAGUGCACGGCGUUGUGCCUGCGGGGAGUUCUGGAAACCAGGCCCAUGAUGGGUGGAACAGAAGCCCGGCGAGAUUCGGACGCGCUGGUGGCCCUGGUGUCACAGAUGACGCAGCUCACAUCCCUGGACCUCUCGGGGAACCGCCUCGGCUAUGCCAACUGCCGUAUCGACUCGCUGGCUGGUGCUCUGCCAAAACUUCAGAAGCUGACAAAUCUGAAUCUGUCCUGCAAUGGCUUUUUCAGCUUCCACGGUGGGGCUGGGCCACACGGUUCAGGGUUUGCUCUUCGCCCAGAGGAGAACCUGGAAAUUUUGGAUCUCCACUUGAAUGACAAGGCUUUCGUUCGGAGCUUUAGCAAGGAGAAGGAGUUGGCCGCGGCCUACCAUCUUCAACAGCUGCUGUCCAAGCUGAGGUCUUUGAAGCAGCUGAUCUUCUUCGAGAAUGACGUCGUGCUAAGUACGGUGGCAGACAUGGAGGCGGCAAAGCAGCCAGGAUGUGACAUCGACUUUGGCUUAGAAGACCACGUGGCGGCUGCACUCCGCGCCUUAGAGGCGGUGCCAGCGGAAGGCGCUUUUCGACCACCGCUCCUGCAGAUCCCUGGAGUGGGUCGACCAGUCCGUGCCGCGUACUACUUCCAUCUCGGCCGCAGUCUCGCUGCUUCGGACGAUGGUCUCCGGCAGCAUGUCGCGAAGGUCGACCUCUCGGGCGGGAAGCUGGGGCGCUCCUGGCAGGGCCUCACCGACUUGGUGCUUCCUCGCUUCCCCAGUCUUCGUGAGCUGGAUUUGACUGGAACGUCCAUAAACCUCGAGUUUAUGAAGGCUUUGCAGCAGCCGGUCUUCGCGUCCCUGUCCACUCUGAAUUUGGCAGACUGCUGCCUAUGCCACUUCACCAAUAUCGAAGACGAUCCCACGAUGGUCCAGCCCCUCUUGUUUUGGGCCGAGUCUCUGACCGAUCUGGAUCUCAGCAACACCUUUAUCAGUGAGUAUGGAGACUUUUCGCCUGGCCACCUGCAAGCCAACCUGCCCGCACUACUGAGAGGUCUGAAGAUCCUGAAAAGGUUUUCCCUAAGCCGGAACGACAUCGGAGACACUGGUGAACAGUUUCAGUACCUUGUCGAGGACGGUUUCCAGCCGGUUUUCGCCCAGGAGACAUCACUGCAGGAGUUGGAUCUGCGAAAGAACAACAUCGAGUCGCCUCCAUGGGCCGAGUUCAUAAACAAACUGAAGGCUGCAGUGCCGAAGGUUCUUCUGAGCCAUGAUAUGUGA